CCCCAAUGAUAUGUUUAACUUUUUUCCAUUUGAUGUAGGGCACUGUUUUGCCUUUAACAAAGUGUAAGGCAUCUCAUGCAUUGAUUUAGCCAAGAAAGCUAUAUCCCCACAAUAGGAUUGGCUGCAAGUUGCUAGCAAGGAUUCACUGAGUCUUCAAAGGACCAGUCAUUGGAGCACUGAAGGAAAUAUUUGUCUACCUUUUAGAACAGAGAAUCAGAACAUUAGAAGCCAUUGACUUCAUGCAAUUCAUCCCUUUGUGUAGGAGGUGCAACAUUUCAGCCAGGUUGUCCAAUUUUUGAGCUUGACAGGAAAAUCCUGGAGCGCUGCCCUUGGGAGUUCCUCGACCGACCAACAUGGUGCUGCCACCACCCGACAGGCGGCAUGUAUGCCUCUCCACCAUUGUCAUCAUGAGCAGCAUGGCCUUCAUGGAUGCCUACCUGGUGGAGCAGAACCAGGGGCCUCGGAAGAUUGGAGUCUGCAUCAUUGUCCUGGUUGGAGACAUCUGCUUCCUGAUUGUCCUGCGGUAUGUGGCGGUCUGGGUUGGCGCCGAGGUAAAGACCGCCAAGCGCGGCUACGCCAUGAUCCUCUGGUUCCUGUACAUAUUUGUCCUAGAGAUUAAGCUCUACUUCAUUUUUCAGAACUAUAAGGCUGAGAAAAAGAACACGGACACAGUUGCACGCAAGGCAUUGACAUUACUCCUUUCCAUCUGUGUGCCUGGACUGUAUCUUAUCUUAAUCGCCUUAGACAGCAUGGACUAUGUCAGGACUUUCAGGAAGAAAGAAGACCUAAGAGGACGCCUCUUCUGGGUAGCCUUGGACUUGCUGGAUAUUUUGGACAUCCAAGCCAAUCUAUGGGAGCCCCACAAGUCUGGCCUUCCAAUGUGGGCAGAAGGCCUUAUGUUUUUCUAUUGCUAUAUUCUCUUGCUCAUUCUGCCAUGUGUCUCUCUUAGUGAGAUCAGCAUGCAAGGUGAAUAUAUAGCCCCUCAAAAGAUGAUGCUAUACCCUGUUUUAAGUCUGGUAACCAUCAACAUAGUCACAAUAUUCAUCCGUGCGAUUAACAUGGUCUUAUUUCGAGACAGUCGGGUUUCGACUAUAUUUAUUGGUAAGAACAUCAUCGCUAUUGCCACCAAGACAUGCACUUUCGUAGAGUAUCAGAAACAGGUCAAGAAUUUCCCAGAGAAUGCAAUAGCUCUUGAACUCCAGCAGAACUCCAUUCCACACAAUCAGACUAUCCACGAAACGCAAGCUGUCCCACAUGACCAGACGCCAACCGGGGAUAUUGUGGACACAUGA